GCUUUAUCCUGCUCGUCUGUCCCGCUCACUUAGACCUCACAGGAAACUCCUUACUCCCCCAGCCCUCACAUACACUUUUUUUUUUUUUUUUUUAACUCUCACACACAGUCCCGCCGGCUUGCUGAGUUUGACCAGAGAGGAUGGCUGCGCACAUGUGGAGAAUGAAUGGGCUCUGGGGAAGGAUGGCUGGAGUCCUGGUGCUCUGCGCUCUGUUGCUCAGCAAUGGUGUUAUAUGUCAAGAUGAUGCACCUGAUGCCACAGAUGCCCCUGCAAGUGAUCCAGCUGUAGACCCUGCUGCAACGGACGCUUCAGCCGCCAGUGCAGCCCCAGAUGCCUCAGCUGCCCCGGAUGCAGGUGCCGCUGCGACUGAUGCUGCAGAUUCUGCUGCUUCUGCUGCUCCUGGAGGUAGCAGGUUCCCCGCGACUGUUAUCAACUUUGUGAUUGGCAGUGGUGGUCCCUCAGGGACUGAUGCUCCUGCCACUGUCGCACCUCCAGAAGAGCCCGUUGUUGUCAAAGCAGUUGUGCCUGAAGUGAAGUGUGUUGGAAAAGAUGACAUCCCAGAAAGUGCCAUCAAGGUUUCAGUGCUAACAACUGACUGUGAAGCCACUAAACGCAUCAUUCAGGAGAAUCCUGCAGGCUGGUGCACCAAGGAAAACUGUAAUCUAGAAAUCUCUCAGGAUGGCAACACAAUAAAAGUGGCCAGUGAUGAUGCUAAGUUGAGUACUUUGGCUGAUGCUGUCCAGAGUGCUGCUUUGAAAGAAAAGCUGGGUGUGACAAAAGUUGAGACCCCGUCUUCAUCGGGUUCCUCUGUCUUAGUGGGGACCCUGGUCAGUGGUCUGCUUGCUGCCUUAGGAAUCACUGUUGGUUAUUUCAAAUGCCCACGCAAGGCCGACGCCAAGGUAGUGAGGCUGGCAGAGGAAGCCUAUCCAGCUGAUCAGGAGAACCAGGGGAACACUCUGGUAUCUGUGGCCCCCCUGAACCCCCCUCCAGAGACCACAGACAAACCCAGCGUUAACGGAGAGUCUCCUGAGGCGGCCAAGACCGAGCCUUCUCCUCCUCCCACCAACGGCACCUCCACCACUGCCAAGACGGCAGACACCGAGCUGUGAAAUAGUCUCCAAAUAACUUCAGCCCAGGAACUACCCCUACAAACACACCCAUCCAUCCAAACACAUACAUACCCACACUCAUAUGCAGCCCCCUUUUUCUGAAUCCACUCCUGCCCAAACCCACAGACUCCAGUGAACUUCAGGGACCAGAGCUAUCUUUUAAAUCAAUGCUGCUCUUAUUACAACCCCAUUAUUGCCUCCUCCUUUGGCGUUGUGCCUCAAUUAACAUCAGGAGAAGUAGUCUGACGAUUAUGGCACUGACAGUGAUGAAUGAUGUUGGUGAUGACGAAGGCUCGGUCCCUGGGUUGUUGAGGAACAGGAGAUGGGCAGCUCUGGGUGGGAAAAGAGUUAGCAUUAAUCAGCACUGGUUCCAGUGAUGACUGCAGAUAUGUCUCUGCACGUCAUCUGGUUUUAAAGCUCCAGUAAAUCCUCCACUAGUUAAUACAGAACAAGCACAUAAAGUAAAUAGCUUCUUGUAAGGCCUAGAUAGACAGGAAAUAAAUCACACUGCCUUGAAUCUGUUUACAAAGCUUCUCAGAGAGAAAAUCCAUUGGGCUCUGGUUUGUCUGAUUGAGUCAUAGACUGUACAUAAGGAGUGGAUGUAGCCUGUUUCAACCUGCAGCCAGCAGGGGGAGACGUCACUGGUUGCAAAGGAGAACACUGAUCAACCAAAAAUGGAUGUUAAAAAGUGUUGAUUUUUGAGUAGCUGCAAAUAAGAGUAUUUUGGCUAGGAUAUGAACAUGGUGCUUUUUGAAUUAGAAACACCGCAGGUUAUAGAUAAUCUUGACCCAAUAACGCUACAUAAUAGACUUGUUGCUUUUCAAAUUUUUUGCUUAUUCGUAACUGGAUAUUGAGCUGUAAGAUGCCAUCAUAUAUAGUGACCUAUUUAGUUUCUGUUAUAUAAUACAGCCUCCAAACCUGAAGCAUUAUUUGUUUUCAGAGGUCAUGAAUGCCUUGGGGAAACAGGGGGAGUACUUGAGUAUAGAAUUAUUACCUCAAUCAUCACUUUAUGAUCUCAGUCACUAAUUUAAAGUCUUUCUCCAUUAAACAUGGUGCUAGUUUUCUAUAAUAUCUUCUCUUUUGAAGUAUAAUAGAUGAUAAACAAAGGGCAGUGGUUCUUAACUGACCCGCUACCUCUUUAAUGGGAAAUCAGGACCUAAAUUUCCAGAAAUGUUCUGUCUCUUUAAUUUAUUCAAUGGAAAAUGCUCUUUGGACUUUAGAUGAAUAAAUCAGGACUCAACAAAGAGACAGGACAAAACAAACAUUUUAAAAGUGCAUCACUACAGCAGCCCUGAGAGGACAUGCAUGCAUGUAUUUCAUUUUACUCAAAUUUCCAGCGAUUAUAUUUAAAUUGUGGUUAUUUCUCUGACAUCUCCAGGAAAAUCACACCAUUAUUAUGGGAAAAAGCAGCUUUGUUAUCUCAGGAUGUUUUUACACCUCUAGUUCGUUUGAUCUGGUCUGAAUUAAGGACCAAUUUGUUACAUUGUUGCAUAUGACAUCAGCUUCAGUCCAUGUUCACAUGAAAGCAUUUAGAGGCAGACAAAAACCUGCGAUGAGUGAGGAAAACACUGUCUGAUUGGUCCGUUUCCGAGUACACCUAUUCUGACACUUCAGACUUAGAUAGAUACAUUUGAAAUAAAUAUUUCAGUCACAGUUUAAUCUUGCAUAAAUAAAUGAAAAAUUCAGUGAAGGGUGGACUUUGUGAAAUACUUUGUAAUAAAACAAUCUUAAUUAUCAUGAUAAUGUUACCUAAAUACAUAUUUUGCACUUACUUAAACACAUCCUUGGAUCAGUGAAUGAUUUCACACUGGCUACAUCCACUUCUUAUAUACUGUUAUUAGAUUUGAGUUACUGAUGUGUGUGUGUGUGUGUGUGUGUGUGUGUGAAUGCAUGCUGCUUUAGAUGCUGCAUGUGUGUAUGCUUGCCUCUGUACUGUGCAUGGACGGCGUGUAUAUCCUCACAUUUUAUCUCGCUUACUGUACGUAUGCGUGGUCAUUUGUAAGUGGUAGACGAUGAUCUACAUAAUGUGAGUGACUGAUGAGUCUGAUUGUGCAUGUAACAUAAGCCAUGAAAAGUGUAGAAUUCUUGUAAAAUAUGUCGACAAAGUGACAGCUCCCUACGGUGAGGAGGGAGGAGUGUUGAAGUCUGACUGACACCGUUUUGUCUGUUUUAUCAUCUUAUCACUGCAAACACAAAGCUGGCAGGCCUCCUCACAGUCGCUACUGAAAACCAUGCGACUGACUGUGAGAGCAACAGACUCCUAAAGGCCUUAGACGGAUCCAUCCAUUUGUCAGUGUUAUUCUUUUUUCUAUAUACUGUAUAAGCUCUUUUUACCAUUGCUAUUCUUCUAUUGAACAGUGUGUAUAGGUUUUUUCAGUAUUUUUAAUAAGUGUAUUUACUCUUUGUGCCAAAGAUUUCAAAGUUCAUGUCCUCUCAAAAUAGCCUUUAACUGUUCUGCUCAAGGUCAAAAACAUUGAUUGUAUAUUAAUACGGACAGUGCUUCCCCAUCUCCUUUUAUUGUACAGAACUGAAGCCAAUAUAGCUCCAGAAUGGGCCACACCCCUUUUGCAAACACAAGUAUGCAUUUAAGCCCCCGAUAAUACAUCAUAGAUCCCUCGAGUCUUCAGGAAGGAAAAAUCAUGUGUCCAUUUGAAUCAGACAGGAAACUUAUGACUGUAUUUUUAGCUUUGUUGUGUUUUCUUUUGCCUUUUCUCCUCUAUUCUGCUGAUAGAAAUACUGUAAGGAGCCGCAUUUGUCAACAAAUCAGCAUGGUAGACCAUCAUGAACGCAUCUUAGUUUGACAAAAAUAGUUUUUUAUACCAUUUGUUUACAUCUAGGAAGCGCGGUUUAUGACCUGUACUGCAGCAAACCAGCAGGGGGAGCUCUAAAUCUUUUGGCUUCACUACCAGGCAGCUGUCACUUCAUCCAUCUUAAUAUACAGUCAUUAAGAAAUAUGCUAGAAAGGAGAGUUAAGUUGCUUAGAUGAGACAUUUUUUUAAUUGACUGGAUGUGAAAGAUUUUUUUUUUCUUCAUUCUGGCACUUAAACUGGAAAUUUCAUCUUCAUUUAAACAGUUUAUCUUAACACUUAAAAGCUAUCUCCAAUCCUGCUUCUACUGUAGAAUGAUGGGGAAACCCUAAAGCUCACUCCAUGUUAGAUUAUUUAUGGCCCGAUUUGCACCCCACCGACUGAUUAUUUGUCAAAUAAUCCUCGAGUAGAGGUGUUAAUGAUUUUUUUUUCCGUCGUUCCAACUAAGUCUUCUUCAAAUUAAAUCAUAAGAGUCAAACAUGUUUGACAACUACGAUCCCAGAUCAGGCUGCGUUCGAUGGCAUACCUGCAACAGCCAAUGAGAGCAUGGUAGCAGAUAUCAACACAACUAUACUCAAGGCCAAGUAGAAUAUUGUUAAAGAAAACAAGCUUGUGUGAUGAUAACAUACGUGCCUUUCCAGUGUCUCAAGAUAUUGUAGAUUUGUUUUUCUUCUGCCGUCUUGUUUGAUCUUACUGUGGAAUCUCCACUGUGAAACUGUUACUACAAACAGCAGGGGUGUGGUCUCGUGGUCUGGUCAGAUCAUCUAGUACAGUUGUUCUUAACUGGUCCACAGGUGAAUCAUGAUCCAAAUUUCUUAAAUUUUUAUAUCAUAGACAAUAUUUUUAUGAAAAAUUUGAUUUGGACUUGAAAUGGAACAAAAGAUGUAAUUGAAGGAGACGUGUCCUUCAAAGUAAAAGUUCGUCAUAGGCAUUUUGCUGCAUUUUGUUUCUGCCUAUGGUCUCCCACCCUUAAGAUUUGAAAAUUGUCUAGUCAGCCUAUGAGGACAUAAAUUCUCACAUCCUAUUUUACUUAUUUUUCUGUGAUACAAAUCAUGUUUAUUUUCUAAAUAGCCUGACUUAUUUAUCUCAGUCUCAGAAUAAAGAUGCUUGUUUCUUAUUAUAAGGAGUCCAUUUCAGUUGUUGACUCGAGAUCUUGAGAAAUGUACUGACAAAACCAGUGUAAUCCCAAGAUAUGAUGGAUAGGCUGUGAUUUAAAGAAAAGACUAAAAAUAUUUUUUAUCACAGGAAAAUUUAGUAGUAUAAAUGUGGGCUUUUGUAAAUUGAUCCACAAAGGAAACUGCCAUGUUUUUAUUAGAGUGAGGGAAAUGUUCUGAUAAUAAAUGUGCUGUCUCGCAUUGAUUUCUCCUUUCAGUCUAUUGUGUAUAAUUUCAUUGCUAACAUUCCAAUGUGAUGGUUUCAUUUUACUAGCACCCUGUCAUUUGAAUUGGAUUUAACAUGAAGAAAUAAAGAAAUAACUUUUUAUGAA